AUGAAGAUUAAAGGAGCCAUUGGAUUCCGGCAAGUUAUUGAUCUACUCUCCUCCAAGAAAAAGUUGAUUGUCGGGCACAAUAGUUUUCUUGAUGUAGCACACAUCUACAGAAAAUUUAUCGGCCAUCUUCCUUCCAACUGCCAAAGAUUUUGUAGCAACUGUCCAGAAGUAUUUCCCGUUCAUGAUGGAUACGAGGUGAUGUUGAAUACCAACUCUGUACUUGAAACCCUUCUGAAGAGAAGUAGUCGUAAUACAUCAUUGUCUAAAGCAUUUGCUUUGCUCUGCCCUCAAAUUGCUUCUGUAGAAAAAACCUUGUGGGCUGAUGCAGUUCGUAUCAAAUGGAACACUCAGUCCCUCGGACCUGUUUCAGAUGUUGCAACCCUAGAAGACGAAAUGGUGCCCAACAAAAAUAAAGUGUUGCCUGAUUCUCCACAUCAAACAGAGAAUGUGGAGGAAGUUCUGUCAAAUGGGAAUGGCUAUCGUGAUGAACUGGAUUCUUUUUUCCCAUCCGAAGCAGCUCAGUUACCAAGUAGAUAG